AUGAAGAUGCAUCAACAAGGCAUGGCGAUGAGGAUGCAUUGGGCGGCGAGGUGGGCGGCGAGUAACAUUUCCCAACAAACACCGUCACUCCAAUUAGCCACAAAACAAAAACCGCAAAGCAGCCCAGUUCGGAUUCCCGUCCCGUGUUUCCAAGACAGCUACUCCUACCUGAUAAUCGAUGAACCAACCAGGGAAGGGGCGGUGGUGGACCCCGUCGAACCGGAGAAGGUUCUUGAAGUCUCCGAGCAGAACUGGGUCGAGCUUAAACUCGUCCUCUCCACUCACAACCACCACCGGGAUCAUGCCGGCGGAAAUGAGAAGAUGAAGGAUCUGGUUCCCUGGAUCAAGGUUUACGGCGGUUCAUUCGACAACGUCCGAGGCUGCACUAGUAAAUUGGAAAAUGGCGAUAAGUUGUCUCUUGGGUCCGACACCCACAUCCAGGCCCUUCAUACACCAUGGUAUGUGUUUGUCCACACUUGUUUGAUUGUUGCGAAUCUUGCGAUACCACAAUAUAUGUGAAGUUUUGCCUGUUUGGGUUAAUCAGCCACACAAAAAGGUCAUAUGAGUUACUACAUGACCGGAAAAGGCGAAGAAGACCCUGCCAUUUUCACCGGCGACACACAGUUCGUCGCUGGCUGCGGUAAGUUCUUCGAGGGUACAGCAGAACAAAUGCAUCACCCUCUCUGUGGGAUAUUAGCUUCUCUGCCGAAGCCAACUCGAGUUUACUGCGGCCAUGAGUACACGCUGAAGAAUCUGCAGUUUGCCCUGACGAUUGAACCUGACAAUGGAAGGAUAUCGCAGAAGUUGUUAUGGGCUAAGAAGCAGACAGGCUGGACUGUUCCCUCAACCAUUGAAGAAGAACUCGAGGCGAAUCCAUUCAUGCGAGUAGAUCUCCCAGAAGUUCAGGUAUUUGAUCAGCUUAGUUUGGAUUUUAUAUUAACUUGGAUCCAACCUAAACUCCCAAACCUAACUUAGUCAUAAAAUAGAAUUUGAACUCAACCAACUCAAUUAAAAUCCGAUAUGAUUUGAUUGGGGUUUCGCUGCAAUCCAGCUCAUUUGAAAGCCCGACUGUGUAUGGCAAAAUCCAUGUUCAAUAACUCAUUGCAAACAAAGAACAAAUCAUCAUGUCAUAAGAAAUCCUCAUUCCUAAAGCAGAUAAGAGGAAGAAAUUCAGGGAAUUUUUAUAUUAAUACAAGAUAGGAUAAAGUUUUGGGGGAUUUUUAUAUGAGAUAAUCAGUGUGGUUCGUGUUCAUAAAAUAGAUAGUGUAGACUAAAACUCAAAUCCAUGCUAAUUAGGUCCAAUUUCUUAGACCUAUAGCUAAAAUGAAUUGGAAAAACAAAACAUAUCAACCCAAUCACUUUUGUUUAAGUUAGUUUUUGGGCUUAUCCAAAUCCAUGAGACCCAGUGAAGAUAGCCUUUUUUUGCUAGAAAGUAAGAGAAAUUUAUCUUUGAUAUCCAAAUCCAUGAGCAGUGCCAGCGCCCCCCCCCCC